UGUAUGUGUACAUAUAGGCGGGUCUUUGAUCCCUGUCACAAGGUUUAUGUUACCCUCUGAUGUUGUUCCCUGGUUUCGUAUCGCCUUUGUUUCCAUUAAAUGCAUUUGUUGUUUGAUUUUUUUUGUUUAGUCCUGCACUUGGGUCCUCACCACAACACCAACAACAGGAUGACAGGGUAAACGUUUGCCCUUUUAUGGAGCUUGAGCAGAGCUGUUGUGAGUAAACUUUCUCAAGUACAUAUGUCAACUGUUUACAAGCCUCAAGGAAACGAUAGUCCAUCCGGGUUGCUGGGUUCCUGGCAGUGUGUCUAUUUCUCUUCAAAGAGGAAGCAACUGAUAAUUGUAGUAGUAAGAGCCUCAAGCGCGCUGUUGCAAACGAAAAGGUAAACUUUAUUGGGCAGUCAGUGGAAUACAUUGUCCCACCUGCUUGCUGAUCCCACACCAAAUCAGGCCCCAGGUUGCAUGCAUGCAUGCACGUGUGCGCGCGCGCACACACACACACACACACACACACACACACACACAAAGACUUUCCGUUUUGACCUCAUGUCGGAGCCUCUUAAGUGCUGCGUCUGUCUGGAUGAGUUCACCCAGCCCGCUUCCCUCCCCUGCGGCCACAGCUUCUGCCUGGGAUGCAUAGGGGAACACUGGAGGAUCAACAGGGUCUGUCAGUGCCCCGUCUGCAGGGCGUUCUUCCCCACCAGGCCGCGGCUCAAAACAAACCCGCCACUGCAAGAUGCAACAGCGCCACUGAAAGCUGGCGAGGUUCCUUGUGAUUUCUGCCCGGCAAAACGGCCGGCGGUCAAGUCCUGCCUGGUGUGUUUGGCUUCCUACUGCGCCGCACAUCUGGAGCCGCACUACCAGAAGGAAGACCUUGGGCGCCACCUACUGAUCAGUGUGAUGAAGAACCUAGAGGACUCUGUGUGCAAACUGCACGGGAAGCAGUUAGACAAGUUCUGCAGGAGUGACCAAACGUGCAUUUGCACCCUUUGCUCCCACGCGGAGCACAGGGGCCAUCACAUUAUUUCUAUUGGCAGGGAAGCUGCAAAGAAAAAGGUGAAACUAAAACAAAGAAUGGCGAUACUUGAGAAAGAGAUUCAAGAGAGACUGAGCAAAGUUGCGACAAUCAAGCACUGCGCAGGCCCGCCUGGAGAAUACCCAAACGAGGCAUGGGCACAACAUAAAGAGACCAUCCAACAGGUGGAGGAAGAAAUCAGCGAGCUGCAGAGGAGAAACGCCGAACUAGAGCAGAUCUCCCAGACCGAAGACAACGUCCACUUCAUACAGAGAUUUCUGCACGUUGUUUAAUGAGUGGAAGAUGACUUGCCUCCAGGAGUGCUCAGCUGGAAAGUGACCAACAGCGGUGUACAUCAAGUAGUUGGAUGUUUUAUUUAAUGUAUACUACCAGUCAAAAGCUUGGACACACCUUCUCAUUGAAUGAGAAGUUGCAGUGUAUUUAUGCUCUGUUGCCUAAACAUUAUUAAGUAUGAAAAAAAAAAUGUGAGUAAUAUAAUUAUGUAAAGUGUGUAUAUAUAUAUAUGAUUUUUAUACAGAUUUAAAGAAACCUCUAGAGUAACAGAUAUGUCAUAUGUUAAAAAGUAGUAUUUCCCCUACCACUAAAUUAGGGGGGCGCUCUAGAGGUCAUUUAACGUUACCUUCCCUAGGGUAAGGGUUAAGUUUAUUCUUUUAUUAAACAAACUAAAUAGCCUUGUCUUGUCUCAUCUUAUGUACACGACAGCGUGUCAUUUCUGUCUCUACGUGGUUGCACGUUUACAAUUCUCUGCACUUUGUACCUCGCACAGCCGAAUUCCGCCCAGAUGUGCAGACACACAUCGAGCGAACCAAGAAGACAUUUUCCCGGGUUUAGUUCAAUGUGCCCUUCAACAGUUCAAAUAAAUCAUCAGUUGUUGUAUUGAGUGCUGUCAUUAACUGGGCCAUAAACCUAGGGGAAACACUGAAAAGACUCGUUGUUUGAAUGUAAGUUAUGCCUGAGUGGAUGAUGUAAUUAUGUAUUCUAUUUCAGUGUAGUUCUUUUUCCUUUUUGGAGAAUUGAAUAAAAUGCCAAAGCUAA